GCGGAGGCCCUGCACCGCCGAGCUCUUGCAGGGCACGAAGCGCACCUCGGUGCGAAUCAUCCGCACACGCUCAACUCCAUGUCCAACCUGGCUGCCAUCCUGUGGAAGCAGGGGAAGCUAGAAGAGGCCGAAGAAGUGCAACGCAAAGCGCUCGCAAGGCGUGAAGCGCAGCUGGGCGCGAGCCACCCCAACACGCUAAUCUCCGUGAACGUUCUCGCUGGUAUCCUCAAGUCGCAAGGCAAAUUGGAAGAGGCGGAAGGGCUACACCGCCGAGCCUUGGAAGGCCGCGAGUCCCAACUGGGACCGCAACACCCCGACACGCUCACCGCGGUGAACAACUUGGCCAUGCUCUUGCAGAAGCAGGGCAAGUUGGAGGAGGCGGAGGAGCUCUGUCGCAGGGCCCUGACGGGGCAAGAAGAUCAGCUGGGCCCCGAGCAUCCGGACACCCUCACCUCCGUGCGGAAUUUGGCGAUUCUUCUGGAGGACAAAGGCUCCGUCACAGAGGCGGGGAAGCUUUACCUCCGCGAGUUGCGUGGAUUGGAGGAGCUGCACGGGCCGGAUUCCGAAGAGGUCCGAGCGAGUCGCCGCAACCUGGAGCGGUUCCAACAAGAGCACGGUCCAGAGAUUUGCAGGCAGAUCGGCAUCUUUCAGCCCGUGACCCUGCACAUGGUCGGGGUCUCCGUCCCAUUGGGGGCCGAAGCUGCCAUCCACACUGCCCGCCAAUGGUGCCAGCGCUCUGCCGGCAAGUCCGACAUGGUCUUCCUCAGCCUAGACUUUGAGAAUGCCUUCAACUCCAUCGAUCGUCUGGGUAUGUUGCGGGAGAUCCGGCUCCGGUUUCCUGGCCUGGCUCCUUGGGCUGAAUGGACUUAUUGGUGGCCCGUCGCAGGCCUCCGCCUCAACCCUCACAAGUGCAUCCUUACUACUUGUGCUGGUUGUGAGCAUUCUGUGGACUUGGCCGCCUUUCCUUCCGGCUUCCAGCUCAACACCUCUGGUCAAUUUUCCAUCCUUGGUGCACCCAUCGGCCCUGCCUCCUUCUGCGAGUCAUUCACUUCCGCCAAGCGCAUCGGGACAGCCAAGCCGCUCCUCCACCAGAUCGCCGAGCUGCCUGACCCUCAAACUGGCUUGUUGCUCCUCCGGGAUUGUGCUUCUUGGUGCAAGUUCAGCUUUUCCACUCGGGUCACCCCGCCCGCCUCCAUCACCCAAGCCUCGGCCAACUUCGACAAUGAGAUCCGCCACUGCCUCGAGUCCGUGUGCACUGGCCCCUUGUCACCAGACGCCUGGCUGCAAGCCUCCUUGUCCACUUCUUCUGGUGGUCUUGGUCUCCGCCACUCUGCCCGACACGGACCUGCCGCAUAUGCCAUCUCCCUCUUCCACACCCAACUCCUUUGCAAUGCUCUGGGCCCCCAGUACCAGUCCAACCACAGCGACGCUUUCCAGUCAGCCACCCAGGAUGUGCUCCCCGCUGACCGUUUGCCUACGCCUUUGCCGCCCACCCUCCGACAGCAACAGUUGUCCCAGGCAUUGGACAAGGCCACCGUUGAACAUUUGGCCCGUCCCGCUCCUGGACGGGAAGCCUUCCGAGCUCACCUGAAACUUCUGCAACAACCUGGUGCUGGGGCUUGGCUGCGCGCCCCACCAUCUGAAGCUCUCGGCCUCCAUGUCGCUUCUUCUCUGUUCAUUGUCAUGGUCCAGAUGCGGCUCCGGCUUCCUGUCGGUGACCAGGACAUGCCCUGCCCACUUUGCGACGGUGUAUUGGACAGACAAGGUCUUCAUCCCGAAAUCGAAAAAGCUGGCCUCCUCCCACCUCGGCCCGAUGAUGGUGGUGGCCCCGAAGAUGGUGCUCGCCAGGCUGGUGGUGGCCGUCGCCCUGCAGACGUUUGGGUCGGCAGUUGGGGGUUGCAUGGCGCUGCAGCUUUUGAUCUGGCUGUCACGUCCGGGCUUCGGCAAGGCAGCGUUGGUGCUUCUGCCACAGCAGGUGAACGAGCUGCUGCCGAUUAUGAAGCCAAAAAAUGUGCUUUCCUCAACACCCACGCGCAGUGUCAAGCAGAGGGCCUUCAAUUCCUCCCAUUGGUUGCUGAAGCAAUUGGCGGGGGCUGGGGCCCAACGGGCGUAGCCACCUGGAACUCGUUGGGCGCGGCGAUUGCUGCUCGCACUGGGGAACCAUCUUCUCUCGAAACUAGCAGGCUCUACCAAGCACUUGGAAUCACCCUGCAUCGAGAAAAUGCUCGCGCAGUCCUCCGACGGCGGGCCACCAUCCCUGACACACGGGCUCUUCCUGAU